UCAGAAUCAGAUGGAGGAGAAGAGAUGCGCAGCGCUAACGAGCUCGCACUAUCACAAAUUAUAACUUGAGAAAUUUUAAGAGCUGUAGACUUGACUGUUUUAUUGAUUCCUAAAAGCAGUCCGUUCUGUGACAAUGAGGAGAUAAUUGUUGGAACACGCCGCCCUUUUCUCUCCAUCCUUAACGCACAAAUUCAGCAUCUGAGCCGCCUCUGCUGCUCUGACUCUCCCCCUGAAGAGCUGAGGUGACCGAGCUCCCUCCCCAUCCGCCAGAAAAGAGAGAGACAUUUUCACCACUUAUCAAAUGCCCAAAAACAGCAAAGCCGUCAAGAUAGCAGAGCUUGACGACGACGAUGUCACGGAGUCUGUCAAAGACCUGCUUUCCAACGAGGACGCGUGCGACGACUCCUUCCGGAAGAGCACGCUGGCCGUGAGCGCGGCCGCUGGGGAGAAGGCGCGCGAGGCGGAGGAGGGCGCGUGCGGCGCUGAGGAGGAGAGACCCGCGUGGAGCAGCAAGCUGCAGUACAUCCUCGCGCAGGUUGGCUUCUCCGUCGGACUCGGAAACGUGUGGAGAUUCCCCUACCUGUGUCAGAAAAAUGGAGGGGGAGCAUAUCUGGUGCCUUACCUUGUCCUGCUAGUGUUGAUUGGCAUCCCACUGUUCUUCCUGGAGCUGUCAGCGGGCCAGCGGAUUCGCCGUGGCAGCAUCGGUGUCUGGAACUACAUCAGCCCUCGACUUGGCGGCAUCGGCUUUGCCAGCUGUGUGGUGUGCUUCUUUGUGGCCCUCUACUACAAUGUUAUCAUUGGCUGGAGUCUCUUCUACUUCUCCCAGUCCUUCCAGCAUCCUCUACCCUGGCACGAGUGCCCUCUGGUCAAAAACAAGACCAGCACAUAUGUGGUGCCUGAGUGUGAGAAGAGUUCUGCCACCACCUACUACUGGUACCGCGAGGCUCUGGACAUCUCCAACUCUAUCUCAGAGAGUGGAGGGCUGAACUGGAAGAUGACUCUGUGCCUGCUGGCCGCAUGGGCCAUGGUGUGUCUGGCCAUGAUCAAAGGCAUCCAGUCCUCAGGAAAGGUGAUGUACUUCAGCUCCCUUUUUCCCUAUGUGGUGCUGAUCUGUUUCCUGGUGAGGGCCCUCCUGCUAAAGGGCUCUGUAGACGGCAUCGCCCACAUGUUCACCCCCAAGCUGGAGAUCAUGCUAGAGGCUAAAGUAUGGCGAGAGGCUGCUACUCAGGUCUUCUUCGCUCUGGGUCUGGGCUUCGGCGGAGUCAUUGCCUUCUCCAGCUACAACAAGCGAGACAACAACUGCCACUUUGAUGCUGUGCUGGUCUCCUUCAUCAACUUCUUCACUUCUGUGCUGGCCACCCUGGUAGUGUUUGCCGUGCUGGGCUUUAAAGCUAACAUCAUGAACGCCAAAUGUGUCGAGCUGAACGCAAAGAAGAUUGUUGGUUACCUGGGUAACGAGAUAAGUCAUGACUUGAUUCCACACCACAUCAACUUCAGUCAUGUGAGCAGUGAGGACUACCAGCAGAUCACUGAAAUCAUCCGUGGCGUGAUGGAGAGCGAUUACUCUCGCCUGGGCCUGGACAGCUGUGAUAUAAAAGAGGAGCUGAACAAGGCAGUGCAGGGCACAGGGCUGGCCUUCAUUGCCUUCACUGAGGCAAUGACCCACUUCCCGGCCUCCCCUUUCUGGUCAGUCAUGUUCUUCCUCAUGCUGGUGAAUCUGGGCCUGGGCAGCAUGUUUGGCACUAUUGAGGGCAUCAUCACACCCAUCGUGGACACUUUCAAAGUGCGCAAAGAGUUCCUCACAGUUGGCUGCUGUGUGCUGGCAUUCAGCAUUGGCCUGAUCUUUGUUCAGCGAUCGGGCAACUACUUUGUGGCCAUGUUUGAUGACUACUCCGCUACACUGCCCCUCCUCAUUGUAGUUUUUCUGGAAAAUGUGGCUGUGGCUUGGGUCUAUGGCACUGAGAAGUUCUUCGAGGAUUUAAAGGACAUGCUGGGCUUCACUCCCUUCCGCUACUAUUACUACAUGUGGAAGUAUGUGACCCCUCUGCUGCUCUUAGCUCUGCUGAGUGCCAGUGUCAUUCAGCUGGGCAUGGCUCCUCCCAGCUACAGUGCCUGGAUUCAGGAGCUGGCUCAGGAGCAAUCCCUCAGCUACCCACCAUGGGGCCUGGCUGUCUGCAUUACGCUAGUGGUCACCGCCAUCCUUCCCGUGCCAAUAGUCUUCGUGCUACGCUACUUUAACAUCAUUGACGAGAAUGCCGGUGGCAUGUCCACCAUCUCCUAUAAGAAGGGGCGGAUGAUUAAGGAGAGCGUGCGCAGAACCAGCAGAACCAGAGAGGAAGAUGAGGGAGAUGACACCAGUCUGAUCCAGGGGAAGACCCCCAGCGAAGCGCCUUCACCCAUGCCUCCCAACAGCAGUUAUCGCAAACAGAGUGGCCCUAAGCAAGCAGACUCUGCCACCAACGGUCACUAUAGCAUCGGUUAUCUGAUGGCCGACACGCCGGACAUGCCCGAGUCAGAUUUGUGAGGACAAGCUCAGUGCUUAUAUGUGAACUCUUACCAUUCCACAACCAUUCAUCAUGCUUCACCCUCCAUGACAUUGGCAACAAUGUCAGUCAAGCACAUCUUUCUCAUACCACACAUCUUUGUCAUCUCCAACUGUUUUCCCCAUUUCAACCCCUCUACCUACUGACUGAACACAUGCCCACCCUAAAACUUGUCAAUCUCAAUCACAUUUCAACUUCAUAAAGGGUCCAUUUAAUAGAAAACCAGUGUUCUUUUAUUUUAAAUGCAAUAGUCUGAUGAACUAUGUAACCAUUUUAAAUGUUUUAAAAUCUCUUAAUUUCUAUAUGGAAAAUAAGCUGCAGCAUGUGAUCUCACAACCAUGAACAGAUUUGACCACCCACAACACUUUUUUCUCUACAGUUUAGCCACCCAUUCAAUUUAAAGUGAUUAGGUGUGUUGUUACUGCUGACAGUCUGUAGCAGAAUCAUUGCAACUGGAUAUGUGGCAAAAAUAGUAAAUGUUGUGCUGUUUUUGGCUAAAAGAAAUUAAAUAUCAUUGCAGCCUUCCAAAGAUGCCAAACAUCCAAAUGAAGUUGCCAAAAGUUUUGUUUGUUUUUAGUCUGCACUGCUUUUCACUUUUGAAGGAAUCAGUUUGUAAGAACAAACCUCUUAAAUCCGUUAGGGUUAAAAAUAUGUUGGAAAAAUUAUGAAUUAUGACUUGUAUGGUUUUAUGUACCACACCAAGAAACAUAAAAAAUUAAAAGAAAAACAUAGAAAAUGGGCCCUUUAUCAUUUAACUAAACACGCACAUUACCAUCUUUUAGUCUACCUAACCACUAUACUUCACUAUGCUGUUUAUAGCCUUGAAAACAGUAUUUCAUCAUGUAUUAUGUCUGUAGAUAAUAUGCACCCCGCACCCUCAAACAUCACCCGUGCGCAUGUGAACACUCCUUCCCUUCCCUGUACGUCUGAGCGGAUGUGUAGCCUAGGGAUUUUGCUGUACCGUAGAACGGCUGUAAAUACCGAUCAUGUCGCAAGUAAGGGCAGUUACUGUCCAUCAAUGAGAUUAGAAGCAGCUUAGCCGCUUUGGAAGAGUUUAGAAUGUACUGUACGUGCAAAAUGUGAAAAAACAACAUGCAAUACAACACUUCUUUGAUAAAAUUGCUAUGACAUUGUGCACCAUUGUGUGGAUGGCAUUUAAACCCGAUUGUUCUGAAAAAUGUGUGCCUAAUCUCUCAUUUGUUUAUAGAAUACAAGGAGGAUGUUGUAAAUUUAAGGUAUUCUGUAAAUAUAUAUUAUAAAUAUAUUUAUCUGAUGAUAGUUUGGAUAUCAAGAUAUGUUUUUGGUAAGCAGUGCUAAAAAUCCCAAAUGCUAGUUCUUUUUUGUUAGUUUACCUAUCUACUGUCAUCGUAUGGAAUUUCAAUUCUGCCUAAUUACUGUAAAUAUUUAAUUUUCCAUGAAAAUGCUCUGAAACUUUUUUUCUGCAUUGAGAUUAAAAAUGAAGAAGGAAAAAAAAACAAAAAAAAAACCAUUCAUCCAAAGCAAGUCACUGUGUCAUCUGUUUAAUGGUAUUGGUACAUGGCUGUUUAUUAGACAGGAUGGAAGUCUAAAUUAGAGUAAUAAUCAGUGUAGUGCUGUGGUUUUCAACAUUUCAGAAGAUCAUAAUUAUUAUGCACAUCAGCCAAACGUAAAGCACCGCCCCCAACCCAUAACAAAGAAAGCAAAUUAAAUGAGCGGGCAACGGGGAAGUAAAUAUAGGUUAUUAACACAGGUUUUAAAACAUUUAUUUCAUCCAAUUGUACUUGUUCGAUCAAAGAGGUAUUUUCAAAAAAGGCAAACAGUAAAACUGAAACUAGCUAAAAAUGAUUGACA